AGGCAAUAAGCGAAGUUCGUAAUAAUUUGGAGUUUACGUGUUCUUUGAUCCCGGCAGCCACAUCAACUCCAUCUAACAUUCGAAAAAGGUAACUUUCACAUUAAGUUCAAUAAAUCAUCCAUGACUUGUAUUUCCAUCGCCACUUCAUUUAUUGACCACGAGUUUCAUCACAGAUAUGGCACAUGUACAUACUACUCUGUUACCAAAAUAACCCCCAACAACGGGUAUAACCAAUGAGAUCACUGUUUAAUAUCUGCAACAUUUAGGUGUCUGGUUAUAGUUUCACCUCAGUCCUAUGUGAGAAGAGUGCUUCCAGUUUGACUCUUUAUACGGACACUACAGGCUUUCAUCGCUUUCCUAGUCCUGUAGUAACGCUCCCCUAGGAAGAUUAUUCGUUCUUAUGUUUCAAGUUCUUAAAAUUCGUAACUUUUUCUUUCACUUUGAAGUGUUGCAGGAAAUAAAUCCAAAGAUGGCGUCUUGUUGACCUUAGAUGCUAUUAAAGCUAGCAUCAGGUUUAGAAAAUCUAUAGCCGAUGGAUGGCUGAAGGUACAAGUUUCUCCUGAACACAAUUUGAUUGAAGCUCGAGCGCUUUGAAAUUCUUCAACAACCAUGAAUUAACACUUACAGUUAUUGAUUGAAUAUCGUAUAUAUAACUUAUAAAGCCCUGGGCAAACUAGGAAACAUUGUUGCGGAAACAUUGUUGCGGAAACAUUUGCGAUUCGUGAUGUUUCCUCAAAUGUUUCCCUGUUUGCCCACCCGUGGAAACGUUGUUGCGGAAACAAAUUUGCUUCCCGAGAAGCAAAAACAUUUCCUAGCAAAUUCAGAAACAUUUGAUGUUUCCCUAUGUUUCUCACUAAUGUUUCCUAUAGUGUUUGCCCACUCUGGGCAUUCCGCAACAAUGUUUCCUAGUUUGUCCAGGGCUUAAGUCACGAUUCAACAUGGAGUAUUUUGUGUUUUACAGAGCCUGGAUAAUGUUAAGAAUUCGUCAGAACAUUUGGUGAUAGAUGUUUUCGCAGUUCUUAUACUAUAUGCUGUGACGAGCAAGAGAAAACCCGUUGAAAGUUUACUGCGAAACAAAAUACGCAGCGGCUGUUUUACUGAAGAUGUUCUGAGCAUGGCAUUUAAAUCUUAUGGACAGGUUUGGUGAAGUUGCUUUUUGUCUUUCUUUGCGGUAAAGGUUGAGAUUUAAAGUCCUGGUUAAACUAAAACUCUCAUCAAAAUUUGUGAUGAGAGUUGAUGAGAGUUGGCGGUCAAAUGAGAGCUAGAUUUGCUAAUAUAGGUCUCUAACGUAAUUGGCUCACGCUAUGGUAGUGUUUCUGAGCCGUUUUCUUAUUUAUUUUGCUUGUUUAUGUUCGUGUUAACGGUCGAAGUUUAAUAAAGAAAUAAAUGAAAACUUUCUGGUAAGUUGAUGGGUAACUCGCCAUAUUUUUAUGUUGAUAGGUUCUACGUGAAUAUUUUGAGAAUCUUCUGGUUAUUUCUGAAGUUCUACUGCGAUCACCGGAUUCCGUUGUUUCUUCUUACGCCAAGAAAAUAUACGUACAGGCUUUUCUCACUUUUGAUCUGUACUGCAAACAGGUAAACAAUGAACCUGCAGGUUAGAGGGGGGUGCUUAAUGAAUUCUUCCUUUAUACAAGAGGCGUUCAUCGAGGUGGGUGGGGCUUGUUUGAGCGAGACAUGGAUAGGGGUAAUUGGAGUAUCGUGUAUCACUGGAAUUAGUUUCAAAAUGUUUGUUGGAAAUAGUGUGGAUAUGCUGUGGAUUUCUUGAUGCAAAUAUUUUUUUCAUACUGUUGUAUUGAUUUUACUUUUUCGGGUAAAGACCUACCUAAAAUGAUCAUGUUUUGUGAUUGACUUUCAGAAACAAAUUAGAAACAAAAAUGAUCAUUAUUCGUGACUUGUUCUUUAGAAAGACGAUUUCUAUAGUUUUAUUGUUUUUCAUUGUUAUAAUCAACCAACGACGAGGCUGGAUAGUAUAGGUAGAUGAUGGAUGACCCACUUUUUCCAGUGUGUCCAGACCUCAGUAUUUUAUUAAUAUUUUUUUCUUCAGGAAGUGGUUGGUGCGUUGGUUACUCAUGUUGGAAGUGGUUUUCCAAACGAGGCAGAUUCAUCUCUCGAUGUUUUGAGUGAUUUAGUUGAACAUCAUCCUUCUCAUAUGUCCUCGUUUGCAAUUUUUCUCAAGGCAAGAGUAAAGAACAUUUUACCUCAGUUGCAUGUGGGAGUAGUGUUUUCACCUUGACUGGGCCAAACACCACGGUCGUAUGUACACAUUCACAAUAGGAAAUAUAACACAGAAAAAGUGCAUGUACUGAUAAAGUUCUAGGCUUACGGAUCGCUUUGCCAAAUUAAUGUAAAUGACUUACUAAAUUAGCCAUUCCAAAGUUGAUGAGUGCAGGCCGAGUGUUAAAAAGUGCCAAAAUUAAGAAAUGAACUAAAUCACUAAAAAGACCACCUCAAAAUUAGUAAGUAUACAAAGUUUGAAGACGUUUAUAUAAAUACCCUUCGAAUAAUAAGCUUUUUAAAAUUGUGAAAUUACUGAUCAAAAUUCAUGGUAAAUAUCGCGAUUUUCGAAAGAUUAUUAUUUGAAGGGUAUUCAUGUAACCGUCUUUAAACUUUGUAUACUUACUAAUUUUGAGGCGGUCUUUUCAGUGAUUUGGUUCAUUUUUUAAUUUGGACACUCGUUUUCGACACUUUCAAACACUCGUCCCCAGUCCACUCAUCAACUUCGGAAUGGCUAAUUAAGAUUUCUGAACUACUGUAAGUCGUGUUCUUAUAUUUGUUCUUAGGGCAUAUUGGAUUAUUUGGAUAACUUGAGUGUUGGCCAAAUCCGAAAGUUGUUUGUGAUGUUGAGUACCUUGGCGUUUCAUAACAAUGAUGGCAGCAUGAUACAGGUAUGA